AUGGAAGUACUUUCACUUUUUCCAGUACAUUUUUCUAUUACAUAUUCAGGAUUUUUAUAUCUAGAAGGAUGUUCUGUUGACUCACUGAACAAGACGAUGGGAAAGGUUUCCUCAAAUGACAAGAACCAAAUUUAUGACAUUAAUUAUAUUGAAUUAUUUGCUUCGGGUUUAUGUCUUACCUCUCCAAUUCAGACAAAGCCAACUCCUACACCAAAACCAACCCCUUCUCCAUCAAAUUUCCAAACACCUGAUUUAACAUUAGAAAAAACUCCAAUGAUAACAGAAGAAGAAAAAAAAAGUGAAACAUUAGUCCAAACACCUUAUCUAACUUUGAAUCCAACACCAAUAGAAACACAAAAACAAACUCAAGAACAAACUCCAAUUGAAACUAAAUUUGAAACUCCAAAAGUGACACAAAUUGAAACACCAAAAGUGACAGUAUUUGAGACUCCAAAAGUGACAUAA